CUGAGCCCUCAGCCCGCAGCCCAGCGAGGGGGAGAGUCCAGGGCCGGGGCGGGCGGCGGGUUCCGAGGCGGCGGCCCGGGUCUCUGCCGCCCAACGCGCGCAGGCUGUAGCAGGUCCCGGAGGGACGCGUCUGCCGUGAUUCCUGCUGCUGGUUGUGUGACUGGGGGAGCUGCUGUUUUUCUCUUUUGGAGGUGAAAGAAGUACUAAUGACCAGAUGACUUAAGGAAUGCUUUUGAAAACAACUGAAGAAUUCAAAAUCAUUACAAUAACUGCGAAUUAAGUUGGAGAAAUUGUAUUCUGAGGAUGUCGUUUGCUUUUGGUUAAAAAGAGAAGAUACAGCUACACGUAGAAGUCUUUAGUAUAUCUGCAUUUAAUAUCACAUUGUAAAUAACAAUGUAAUUAGAAUUACGACGGUCUUUCUCGUGAGACUUGGAGCUUCUUGCCUCGGUGAACAUGAGUGACCCAAGGCAGUCACAAGAAGAGAAGCACAAGCUUAGCAGAGCCUCUUCAAAGUUUAAGGAUCCUCCCAGAAUCAUGCAGUCUGAUGAUUAUUUUGCUCGGAAAUUUAAAGCCAUUAAUGGCAACAUGGGACCUCCUACUUCUUUAAAUGUCUCAAGUUCCAGUGAGAGUGGUGGUCCAGCUAAUGGUACCCCAGCGGUUCCCAAAAUGGGUGUGAGAGCAAGAGUGUCUGAAUGGCCUCCUAAAAAGGAUUGCUCCAAGGAGCUAGCCUGCAAGGGAUUGUGGGAAAGCCGUUCCCAAACCAGUUAUGAAAGUGUCACAUCCAUCAUGCAGAACGGACAGAAUGACCAGAGCGAUGGUCAGCAAGAGGAUCAGCUUGAUCUGGAAUUUGUGGAGGCAAAGUAUACAAUUGGAGACAUCUUUGUGCAUUCGCCUCAAAGAGGACUUCACCCCAUAAGACAGAGAAGCAAUAGCGAUGUCACCAUCAGUGACAUCGACACUGAAGACGUCUUAGACCAAAAUGCAGUGAAUCCCAACACCGGGGCAGCCCUCCACAGGGAAUAUGGAAGCACAUCUUCAAUCGAUAGACAGGGUUUAUCUGGUGAAAACUUUUUUGCUAUGCUCAGAGGAUACCGAGUAGACAGUUACGACCACAAAGCGAUGGUCCCCUUUGGGUUCCCCGAGUUCUUCCCCUGUGAUCCUGCAGUCUCUCCCAGCCUUCAUGCAGCAGCACAGAUUUCUAGAGGAGAGUUUGUCCGCAUCUCAGGAUUAGACUACAUGGACAGUGCCCUCCUAAUGGGGAGAGACCGGGACAAGCCUUUCAAACGGAGGUUGAAGUCAGAGUCAGUGGAAACUUCCCUUUUCCGAAAGCUGCGAACUGUGAAAAGUGAACAUGAAACUUUCAAAUUCACGUCUGAUCUGGAGGACAGCCAUCUUGAAAGGGGCGUCCGCCCUUGGCAUUGUCAAAGAUGUUUUGCACAUUAUGAUGUCCAGAGUAUUUUGUUUAAUAUCAAUGAAGCCAUCGCGAUAAGGGCUAAUAUGGGAAAAAGGAAAAACAUAACCACUGGGGCUUCUGCAGCAUCCCAGACUCAGAUGCCAGCAGGCCAUACAGGCAACUGUGAGUCCCCUCUGGGGAGCAAGGAGGACCUCAACUCGAAAGAGAACCUGGAUGCCGAUGAGGGUGAUGGGAAGAGUAACGAUCUUGUCCUGAGUUGUCCUUACUUUAGAAAUGAGACAGGAGGGGAGGGUGACAGAAGGAUUGCGCUUUCUAGGGCCAGCUCAUCAUCUUUCAGUUCCGGGGAAAGCUGCUCCUUUGAAUCGUCUCUCAGCUCUCACUGCACAAAUGCAGGUGUCUCGGUUUUGGAGGUGCCAAGAGAGAACCAGCCGAUUCACAGGGAGAAGGUGAAGCGCUACAUCAUAGAGCACAUUGACCUCGGGGCCUACUAUUACCGCAAGUUCUUCUACGGGAAAGAGCACCAGAACUACUUCGGAAUAGAUGAAAACCUCGGCCCUGUGGCCAUAAGCAUCCGGAGAGAGAAGGUCGAAGAUGCUAAGGAGAAAGAAGGAUCCCAGUUCAACUAUCGUGUAGCUUUCAGGACCAGUGAGCUUACAACACUGAGAGGAGCGAUUUUAGAAGAUGCUGUACCCUCCACGGCUAGGCAUGGUACCGCACGAGGACUACCUCUGAAAGAAGUUCUGGAAUAUGUCAUUCCAGAGCUGAGCAUUCAGUGCCUGAGACAGGCUUCGAACUCCCCCAAGGUCUCGGAGCAACUACUCAAGCUUGAUGAGCAAGGGCUGAGCUUUCAGCACAAGAUCGGGAUCCUUUAUUGCAAAGCAGGCCAGAGCACAGAGGAAGAGAUGUAUAACAAUGAGACGGCGGGACCAGCUUUUGAAGAAUUCCUUGAUCUUCUGGGCCAGAGAGUGCGGCUGAAAGGAUUUAGUAAAUAUCGAGCUCAGCUAGACAAUAAAACUGAUUCUACAGGAACUCACUCCCUCUAUACCACAUACAAAGAUUAUGAACUCAUGUUCCACGUGUCAACUAUGCUACCCUACAUGCCAAACAAUAGACAACAGCUUCUGAGGAAAAGGCACAUAGGAAAUGACAUCGUUACCAUUGUCUUCCAAGAGCCUGGAGCACUUCCUUUUACUCCAAAAAGCAUCCGGUCACACUUUCAGCAUGUCUUUGUCAUUGUCAAAGUGCAUAACCCAUGUACUGAAAGUGUGUGUUACAGCGUUGGAGUAUCUAGAUCAAAAGAUGUGCCACCGUUUGGUCCACCAAUUCCCAAAGGCGUGACUUUUCCAAAGUCAGCAGUGUUUCGGGACUUCCUCUUAGCCAAAGUAAUCAAUGCAGAAAACGCAGCUCAUAAAUCAGAAAAAUUUCGGGCGAUGGCCACUCGAACAAGGCAAGAGUACUUGAAAGAUCUGGCGGAGAACUUUGUCACGACCGCCACCGUGGAUACCUCUGUGAAAUUCAGUUUCAUUACACUAGGUGCAAAGAAGAAAGAAAGAGUAAAGCCAAGGAAGGACGCACAUUUAUUCAGCGUUGGUGCAAUCAUGUGGCAUGUAAUUGCAAGGGACUACGGCCAGUCUGCUGACAUUGAAUGUCUUCUUGGAAUUUCCAAUGAGUUUAUAAUGUUGAUUGAAAAGGAUUCCAAGAAUGUUAUAUUUAACUGCUCCUGCAGAGAUGUUAUUGGGUGGACAUCUGGAUUAAUGAGUAUCAAAGUGUUUUACGAAAGAGGAGAAUGUAUCCUUCUAUCUGCAGUGGAUAACUGUGCUGAAGACGUAAGGGAGAUUGUUCAGAGAUUAGGAAUAGUGACAAGAGGCUGCGAGACUGUGGAAAUGACCUUGAGGAGGAACGGGCUGGGCCAGCUAGGUUUCCACGUGAACUUUGAAGGAAUCGUUGCAGAUGUGGAACCUUUUGGCUUUGCUUGGAAGGCUGGCCUUCGCCAAGGGAGCCGCCUCGUAGAGAUAUGCAAAGUGGCCGUGGUGACUCUGACCCAUGAGCAGAUGAUUGACCUGCUCCGGACCUCCGUGACUGUGAAGGUGGUCAUUAUCCAGCCCCACGACGAUGGCUCACCCCGAAGAGGGUGCUCAGAGCUCUGCCGCAUCCCCAUGGUGGAAUACAAACUGGACAGUGAAGGCACGCCAUGUGAGUACAAGACACCCUUCAGGAGGAACACCACCUGGCACCGGGUACCCACCCCUGCCGCUGUGCAGCCCCUCUCCAGAGCUUCCCCUGUGCCCGGCACGCCUGACCGGCUACAGUGCCAGCAGCUCCUCCAGCAGGCGCAGGCAGCCAUCCCUCGCAGCACCUCGUUCGACCGGAAGCUGCCUGAUGGCACGAGGCCAGGUCAAGAUGUUGACCCUCCACAGACCCCUCAGUGCACUGUUAAUGACUCUGGUCAACAUUGCAGAAGUUCGCCCAGCAACCAGUCAUCCUCCAGCGACCCAGGGCCCGGCGCCGGCGGUGGCCACUGGAGACAGCAAGUGGCAUAUGACGGGUGCCAGUCUCCUCUGCUGCUUGACCACCAGGGCUCAGGCCCUCUGGAGUGUGAAGGCGCCAGGGAGCGGGAGGACAUCAUGGAAGGAAGCAGGCACCCUGAAACCAAAUGGCACGGUCCACCUUCCAAAGUUCUGAGUUCCUAUAAAGAAAGAGCGCUGCAGAAAGAUGGAAGUUGCAAAGAUUCCCCUAAUAAGCUUUCUCAUAUUGGAGAUAAAAGUUGCUCAAGUCAUUCCAGCAGCAAUACACUCUCCAGUAACACCUCCAGCAACAGCGAUGAUAAACACUUUGGGUCUGGAGACCUGAUGGACCCGGAACUGCUCGGAUUAACCUACAUUAAAGGAGCUUCCACGGACAGUGGUAUCGACACGACCCCCUGCAUGCCCACUUCAAUCCUUGGCCCGCUGCACCUGACAGGCAGCAGGUCCAUGAUCCACAGCCGGGCAGAGCAGUGGGCUGACUCUGGAGACAUCUCUGGGCCUGAUGGCGAGCAAGUGAAAAUGUAUGCAGUUCAUAACUACGCCUCCGCCAUUUCCGUGAGCAACACUGCCGAAGGCAGCAUGGGCGACCUCAGCGAGGUAUCUUCUCAUUCCAGUGGUUCACACCAUUCAGGAAGCCCUUCAGCUCACUGUUCCAAAAAUAGUGGGUCUCUGGAUACAUCCAAGGUCUACAUUGUGUCCCACAGUAGCAGUCAACAGGCUCCUGGGUCAGUGUCCAAGCCCUACCACAGACAAGGAGCAGUAAGCAAGUAUGUCAUCGGUUGGAAGAAGUCAGAAGGCAGCCCACCACCUGAGGAGCCCGAGGUGACUGAGUGCCAGGGAAUGUAUAGUGAAAUGGAUACCAUGUCGACAGCAAGUCAGCAUCAGACGGUGGCAGGAGAUGCCGUUUCAGAAACUCCACAUGUUCUGUCAAAAGAAGAUUUCCUGAAAUUGAUGCUUCCUGACAGCCCCUUAGUGGAGGAGGGGAGAAGAAAGUUUUCGUUUUAUGGGAACCUAUCUCCAAGAAGGUCGCUGUAUCGCACACUCUCUGAUGAGAGCAUCUGCAGUAAUCGGAGAGGGUCUUCCUUUGGCAGUUCUCGAAGUUCCAUACUUGACCAAGCCCUGCCCAAUGACAUUCUCUUCAGCACCACCCCACCCUACCACAGCACGCUGCCUCCCCGGACCCAGCCUGUGCCCAGCAUGGGGAGCCUGAGAAAUGAGUUCUGGUUCUCCGAUGGGUCCCUAUCAGAUAAGUCCAAGUGCACAGACCCUGGCCUGAUGCCCCUCCCAGACACGGCCACGGGGUUGGAUUGGUCUCACCUCGUGGAUGCUGCACGGGCGUUUGAAGACCAGAGAGUGGCCUCCUUCUGUACCUUGACAGACAUGCAGCACAUGCAGGACUUGGAAGGGGCUCAGGAGCUACCCUUAUGUGUAGACCCAGGCAAUGGGAAGGAUUUCCUGGACACCACUGGGGAGCGAUCUCCAUCAACACUGACUGGCAAAGUCAAUCAGCUGGAGUUAAUUCUCCGACAACUGCAGACUGACCUUCGGAAGGAGAAGCAGGACAAGGCGGUUCUCCAGGCUGAAGUUCAACAUUUGAGACAAGAUAACAUGCGGCUGCAGGAGGAGUCCCAGACGGCGACGGCCCAGCUACGGAAAUUCACAGAAUGGUUUUUCAACAGUGUUGACAAAAAAUCCUAACCCGUUCGUACCCCAUGAAGGGACCACUAUGAGAAUGCCCGUGGUCCCUGCGAAGUCGCAGAACUGUGGUGUCUAACUGUGCUUUCAAGCAGUAGUAGUGUUUUUGCUCUUCCACUCUGUCCAGCGCCAUUCAUCCCAGCAAGAUCUGGAGCCUCGAUUCCUUUUUGGUGGCCCCUUGUGAGAGCAGAGAACAAGGCUGAUGUGAAAAUGAAUAUGACUCCUGGUGUAAAGAUGAAUGUAAACCCCUGUGUCGGUGUGGGCCUUUUCCUUUUAGAUUUACUAAAAUGGUGCUCUGGCUGGGGCUUACCUCAAGAGGGAAGGUAGUUGGGUUUUAUUUCCUAUUUAUCGGGUGACCUGGUAGAGAUGUUAAAGCAAUUUACCAUAGUUUGGGCUUUAGUAUUGUAAGAUAAGCAUAAAAACAAAUAAUCAGACAUAUACUUUAAUGUUAAAGGUGCUCUAUUUUUUUGUAUGUACAGUAGUUAUAUUUCCACAGCCACAUUACCAUAGCAAUAAGAAUGGAGGCAUAGUAAAUAGUUGGAAAAACUGUGCUGGGGGAAGAAAAAAAAGCACUGAUGGGUUUAAAACUAGUUUGAAUGCAGUUACUUUAGAGACUUAUUUAUUUGCAGGAACAAAUGGUGCCUGAAUAUUAACAGUGUUCUGAUU